AUGCAAGUAAACACAACAGAACAUGUGUCUCAAGACAACAAAGCACCAGAAGAAAAACACAUGAACCAGAAAAACAAUGUAAACAAGAAGGUACACAUAAACCACAUGAUGGACACUCACCUAGACAAUUAUGCCAAUCAAUUAGAUGAUAGACAAGAUAAAAUAAAUAAAUCUCCACCUG